CUGAAAAUGGAUUCGCAAGAGGCUACAAGCAAUGCGAUCAAAUCUCCUUCAGACCGUGGAGAAAGUGUGGUAAAAACAAACACGACAUUAUCACCGGACAUUCGGACGGGAACACAAGGUCCAAUCGGAUCACCCAGACAGCCAGUAAAUAAUGGCUCUGUAACGAAACUACGACCAGGACGGCCACCAGUACAAAUCCGUUUCGAUAGUCAUUCUCCAGGUGGACUAUCCGGUCCAACGGGUCAAUUCGUGCAACAAAGACCAUACGGACCGAUAAAACCACCACCAGGAGGUUCAUUCCCGAGGAAGCCACUCCAGCAAAGUCCAAAUUCACCCAUUGUCCUGAAUCCAUGCUUUGCACCGUCGCCUGUGCAACGUGCAGGCCUACAGAUAGGACCUAGACCGCCUCAUCCUGGAAACUAUCAAGCGCAACAAUUCCAAGGAAACGUGCACCGACCUCAACAACCGAGGCUAGAGUAUCAGAAUACGCGUCAACAACUGAGACCGGAGUUGCUGCAAAAUACGCAUCAGCAACCGAGACUAGAGUUUCCAAAUACGCGUCAACAACAACCGAGACCGGAGCUACGAGAUAUACAUCAGCAAGCGUACAAUUUGGAGAGUUUCGCCAGAUCGCCGGAAAUCGCACAGAGACAAUUGAAACGAAAUGAAUCGUGGUUGAACAUACCUCAGCAAAGUUUGCCGUCUAAGAGAGAAGAUAAGAAGUCAGCGCUACCACGUCCAGUAGUUGACAAAAUGGCCAACGUCGAUGAUUCGAAGAAGCAUCAACAGAUUGAGAAUACCAGCUCGAAGGAGGAGAUCGAGUUGUCGAAGAAUGUGGAAAACGACGACGACGACGACGUUGUGAUGGAUGGAAAGAAAUCACCGCGUACGAAUGACGGUGUCACUUGUCAAAAGGAAUUAACGGAAACUAAAUCGUCGAAACAGGAGUCGACUGAGACGGUGAAAAGGCCGGAAACUGCGACGAUAAAUGGAAAAAUUGACAAACCUGCCGCGCCUAAGGAAGCGGCUAAUGAAAAAGUCAGUGAUAUUAGUGCAGAUCUGAAUAACAAAAAAUCUGUCGAGGAUUCUAAUGUGAAGGAAUGUAACGACAGAUUAUCUUCGGCGAAAUCACAGGGAAAAGUGGAGGAAACAUCGUUGGACAAAGUGGAAACCCUGGAAGAGUCAGCGAAGAAAUUGGUGGAUGCUGUCCACCAAGAUUAUGAGAAUGAGAAGUUGAAUAAAGAGAAUGCAAGAAGACUUUCGACACAGGCUGAAGUAAAUUCUUCAACUACCUCAGCCACUAAAGAAGAUAAAACUGUCACAUCGGAUAGUAAAAAUGCAUCUACCGAACAAUCUGAUAAACAAUCGGAGAAAUCAGACGUAGAAGAAAAUGAACAUAAAUUGAACGUGUCGCCAACAUCUCCAGAAAAAGUACACGACACUGUUCCACCCACAGAACAAAAUGGCGAUAACAGUCAGGAACCGCAAACGCUGUUUAAAUAUCCAGACAAAUCCCAUGUAAAUACGCCAGCGGAACAGUUGAAGGAAAAUCAAACGGAGAAAGAACCGGAAACGGUGUCGAAACCCGCAGAAAAAUUACAAGGAAGUGCACCAACGAAUGCGAUGAAAGAUGAAAAACAAGAAGAACCACAGACAUCGCCUAAGAAAGACGAAAAAGAACAAGAACCAAAGACGUCACCUAAAUCUCUAGCUAACUCGCAGAUCGACGAGAAUUCAUCGAAAUCUUCGGAAAGUUCGCCGCCGAAAUUCGAUCAGAACGAAGACAAGCAAGAGUCGAAAGCUCCGUUGAAAUCUCCGGAUAAGUUACCCGUGAGUACACCGGCGGAAGUGAAUCAAAAUGAGAAGGAUUCUAAAGUUGUAACGAAGUCUCUGAAUGCGUCGGAGGAGAAAAAAGCGGCAGAAACGGAGAAGAAGGAAAAUGAAGACGAGUUAAAUGUCGAAGCUGAAGCGGUGAACGCGUUAGAAGCAAGCGCGCCAGUAGAAAUAAAUGAAACGCGAGAGAAAAAGAAGCAAUCUCGAGAUGAGCACGAGUCGAAGUCAGAAGUUAAAUUGAGCGAAGACUCCUCGAAGAAAAUGGCGGAAAGUGAAAACGAAGAAGAAUUAAACGCGUCUUCUGAGAAAUCGGAGAAGUCGCAUACAAGCACGUUAGCAGAAGUAAAUGAGAAUCAGAAGGAACUGGAAUCAAACGAAUCUUCGAAAUUGACAGAAUCUUCUGAAAAGUCUAAGGAGAAAAUACCAACAGAUCUUAAGCUUUCUUCGCAGGAGGAAGUAUCGAAAGAUUUGUCUACAAGCUCUACCGAUAAAUCGACAAACUUGGCUAAGGAAGCAGGUGAAGAAAAUAUCGUGGAAAAUUCACAUCCUGAUAAACACGCGCAAAACGUUCCGGAGUCGAACGUGGUAAGCUCUGCCAAUGAUUCAGCUGCUUGUGAAGGAAAUAAAACGGAAAAAUCUCCGGAAGAAGGUGUAAAAGGAUUUGACAAUGGAGAACAAAGAUCGUUGGUUUCACCGUCCCAAAGUCCUCAAUCGUCCGUUUCUCCGCAAUUGACGAAAUCUUCUACCGACGUAGAAAAAUUAACGGACAAUGAGAAAAAGGAGACUGUCACGGUUGAGAAAGACGAUGGUAAAAAAACGCCAGAAUCUGAACGUUUGGAGACAUGUAAAACCGCAGUUGAACGUGUACCAACACCCGCUAAAAUGGACGAAAGAUCAGAAAAGAAGUUUUCGAUACCAGAAAUUGAAAAUGGCGGUGUAAUGAACGAAUCGGCACAAUCCAAUGCGCAACCGACCACAAAUGGAGUUGCGGAUUCGCCGACAAAAAAAUCACCUUCUAAAUCAAAAGAUGUUGAUAAGAGGUCAACAGCUGAAUCACCUAUUAAAUCGCCGAGUAAAUCGGUCAAAUCGUUACCACGAACUCCGGACACUCCUUCGUCGACAGGCGGCCAAGAAAAGAAGAAGUUGCCUAUGAACAAAAUUCAAGUUGGGGCGGCGCCUUCUCCAAAUCUAAAAACAGUACGAUCGAAAAUCGGUUCUUUGGAUAAUGCAAGUUACAAACCAGGUGGUGGGAAAGUGAAAAUAGAGAAUAGGAAACUUGACUUCAGUAAAGCACAGCCGAAGAUCGCCGCAAAAAAUGAAAAAUACACACCCAGCGGCGGUGAUAAAAAGAUCGCUCAAGUUAAGCUUCAAUGGAACGCAAAACCGAAAGUUGGAUCACUGGAUAAUGCCACAUAUAAGCCUGGUGGAGGUGACAAAAAGAUAGAGACAGUAAAGCUUGACUUUAAGGACAAGGCAAAACCGAAAGUUGGUUCCAAAGACAAUGCUAAACACGUUCCUGGCGGCGGCAGCAUUAAAUCAUCAACAACACCACCUAAGACGCCACAGGAUACAAACAACGACAUCCAAACACAGAAAAUCGAUAUCAAAGCUGAGAGUAAAAUUGGAUCUUUGGAUAAUGUGAAACAUAAACCAGGGGGUGGCGACAAAAAGAUAUUCAACGAUAAGGAUUAUCUGCGACAAACUGGUUCGAACGUAGAAAGUCUGAAUGGCAGUGGAUCCCAGAGCCCUGUGCCUCCUGGCACGGUCGACGCUGGCAACAACGGUCUACCAACUUCGGACGAGAACCUCAACCAGGAAUGCUAGAUCACGAAAACUCCACCGCUAGAUCCGAUUUCCUUCUCACUUACGUAUGAUUAAAUCACCCCUACUUUUCUUUCCUCCCCGCGAUCAUUCUCAAUCGAAGGGCAGCGCGCUGAUUGUUU